GCCACGCGGAGCCGGGCGGGCGCACGGGCGCGCUCUCACGCUCCCAGCCCCGCUCGCUCCGCACUCGCUCCCGCCGCGCUCCCACGCGGGGCCCCCCCGCCGCGGGCCGGGAUCCCGCGCUCCGUGACGCCCCGGCGGCCCCGCCCGGCCGCGAUAAAAGCGGCGGCGCCGCAGCGGAGCCGGAGCCGGCCCGGAGCGAGCGGAGCCGAGCGGAGCCAUGGCCGCGGGGCCGCCCGGCAGCCGCCGCCUGCUGCCGCUGCUGCUGCUGCUGGGGCCGGCGCUGGGGCCGGCGCUCGGCCAGGGCCUGGGGCAGACGCGCUUCAUCUGCACCUCGGUGCCGCUGGACGGGGACGUGUGCGCCGCCUCGGCGCUGGGCAGCGGCUCGGCCGAGGAGCUGAAGGGCACCGUGCUGCAGCUGCGGGAGACGGUGCUGCAGCAGAAGGAGACCAUCAUGAACCAGAAGGAGACGAUCCGCGAGCUCACGGCCAAGCUGGGCCGCUGCGAGAGCCAGAGCGUGCUGGAGAUGCCCGGCGAGGGAAAGGGCAGGAAGGGCUUUUCCAAGAACACCAUGGGCGACCUGUCGCGGCCGGCCGCCGCCGAGACCCUCAGCCAGCUGGGGCAGACGCUGCAGUCCCUGAAAACCCGGCUGGAGAACCUGGAGCAGUUCAGCAGGAUGAACUCCUCCAGCCAGACCAACAACCUGAAGGACAUCCUGCAGAACAAGAUCGAUGACCUGGAGAAGCAGGUGCUGUCGCGGGUGAACAGCCUGGAGGAGGGCAAGCUCAGCCCCCGCAACGAGUCCGAGGAGCGCGGCAAGAUCGAGAGCACCCUCACCUCGCUGCACCAGCGCAUCAGCGACCUGGAGAAAGGGCAGAAGGACAACCGGCCCCCGGACAGGUUCCAGCUCACCUUCCCCCUGCGCACCAACUACAUGUACGCCAAGGUGAAGAAGAGCCUGCCCGAGAUGUACGCCUUCAGCAUCUGCAUGUGGAUCAAGUCCAGCGCCUCCCCCGGCAUGGGCACCCCCUUCUCGUACGCCGUGCCCGGGCAGGCCAACGAGCUGGUGCUCAUCGAGUGGGGCAACAACCCCAUGGAGAUCCUCAUCAACGACAAGGUGGCCAAGCUGCCCUUCGCCAUCAACGACGGCAAGUGGCACCACAUCUGCGUCACCUGGACCACGCGGGACGGCGUGUGGGAAGCCUACCAGGACGGCACGCAGACGGGCAACGGCGAGAACCUGGCCCCCUACCACCCCAUCAAACCGCAGGGCGUCCUGGUGCUGGGCCAGGAGCAGGACACGCUGGGCGGAGGCUUCGACGCCACGCAGGCUUUCGUGGGGGAGCUGGCCCACUUCAACGUGUGGGACCGCAAGCUGAGCCCGGGGGAGGUGUACGGCCUGGCCACCUGCAGCUCCAAGGCGCUCGCGGGCAACGUCAUCGCCUGGGCCGAGGCCAACAUCGACAUCUACGGCGGGGCCACCAAGUGGACUUUCGAGGCCUGUCGCCAGCUCAACUAGGGCCACGGACAAGCGAGAGAAACCUCCUCAGCGGGUUCUUUUAUUUAUUUAUUUAUUUCCUCCUUUUUUUGCGCAAAAACGACCGAGAACGAAGCCACCCGACUUGUCCCGGGAGCAGGGAUGCCCCGGCAGCGGGGCGCCCGCCCCCGGCGCCCCACGACCCUCCGGUUUCUGUCUUGCCAACGUCCUUCAACGCCUGCGUGCCUUGGCCUGGCGCGGCUGCGCCCCCCCGCCGCCCCCCGGCCCGGCCCCCGCUUCGCCGCCGCUUUCCUUGGCCACCGGCGCCUGAAAAGGCUGCGGGGCCCGGCCCAGAGCCCCCUCGGGGCUCCCCUCUGUCCAGCCUGACCCCGGCCCGGCCCAGAGCCCCCUCGGGGCUCCCCUCUGUCCAGCCUGACCCCCCGGAGGCUGCUGCCCCCUGAGCUGGGGGAGAGCUGUAAGAUCCCCCCUCCCCCAGCUGCGCUCCGUUCCGGGGUUGCGGCAGCGGCUGGGACCCCGAGGAGGGGCCGCCCCUCCGCUGCCAGCCCCGGGAGGAGCCGCCCCCUUCCCCGGGAGCCCCGCGCCCCUCCCCGGCCGGCGCUGCCGCCGAGCACCACAGCCAUAGCCCCGGGCUGCGGCGGGCACCGGGGCGGGACCCCCGGCGGGACCCCCCCGGCCCCGCUCCCCGACCUGCCGCUCUCAGGAACCCCCGGCCCCGCCGCCCGCAGCCCCCCGAGGCUCCUGCGCGCCGUAGCUGGUGACAAAUAGCCUUUACCGUCCCCUCCAGUGCAGCUCCCACUGACAGGUCUGAAGCCUUUCUGCUUUUGAUAAUACACUCUCUUGUUUCUCUUACUGUAAAGGGAAGUUUAUUACCAAUAAAAAAGGGUAUUUUUAUGAAGAUAAAAAAUAUAUAGAAUUAUCAGCGCUCCCUGAGGAAAAAAAAAAAAGUGCUUUGAGAUUCUGCAGGAUAAAAAGAGAUAAAGAAGCGUAUUUUGAGAUAACAGAUGCAUUUUGUAUGGUUUCCUUUUCUAAACUCCUGGUUUGUACUACAGAUUGCAGAAAUCACUCCCCAGCCCCCCUCCUGCCCCCCCAGGGCAGCCCUGGGCGGCAGUGGAGGAUGAGGCAGAGAAUUCACCCGGGGCUCCAGAGCCUCACGACCAACUCCAAAGAUGCGGCAAAGAGACGGGCGGAGCGGAGGGGUCCGCGGGGGGCCGGGAGCUGCCCGGGCCGGGCGGGGAGCUCGGAGCUCGGAGCACCGAGCCCGCCCCGCCUCGGCGGCUCCGCGGGGCCGGCGCAGGCAGCGGCAACCCCGGAGCGAGACCCCGCGCACGGCUCAGGGCGGCGGAUCCCCAGCCGCGCUCCUGGUGCAAGAAAAAACGACCCCGAACCAUCGAGAGUUAAUUUCAGUUCCUCCCAAGCCCCCGUUCACAUCGGCGAGCACGGGCACAACCUGCUGAGAGCGACCGCGGCGCGGGUUCAACCCCAGCCCCAGGUGCGUUGGAUUUGCCAAAAAACCACGAAAGGGUGUGAUGUCGACGCAGUGUACAUAGUGUACAGUAGGGGAGAGAAUCGAUGUAUCUUAAUUUGUCAUUAUUUUGCUAACCAAAGCUGUACAUUUUUCCUACUCCUGGCUCUGUCUCCUUUGGGAUUUGAAGGGGUUUGACCCCCCCGUGCAUCCGGCCCGCAUCGGCAGUUCUGACAAUGCACUGUUUCUACGGAUUCUCAUGCUUUUUCCAUUUUAUUGCUGGGAUUACAUGAAUUGUUGACUUUAUUUUUACACAAUAAAGCGUGAAGAAAGAC